AUGAUCCCUUCGCGUGAUGCCGUCGAAGAGUUAUGCGGCCGACUCCGAGCAGACCCUACUUCCUGGCAGUCUAUCCAUCCUCUCUCGCCUUCUUGGAUUCCAAGCUACAGUCCACUUUCUGCUUCGUCGGCUAAGGAACAACUUAUGAUUCGGUGUCUAAUCAUUCUCGAUGAGAACCCCGACAGUAUAUUUACGAUAGGUUGCCCUCCGAUGGGACGUUAUUACCAGAUUCGUAUGCAUGACCAGAGCCUAACGAGGGUGGGUUUCGCCUCGCAUAAAGUUUCUUCCUCAGCCCUCCUAUUGGCUGUAAAGAUCGCCUUCGUUCAAGCGAUGUUUGUUUAA